ACUGUGCAAGGCUAUAUAGUCAUCAAGGUUAAGGGGAAGAGCUAAAUUUACAAAGUGUAAUUAUCACGCAAGAACACCUGUUGCACAACAUUGCUUCAUGCACGUUUACUUCAAUAUUAUGCCAUCUUCAUCGCGUACGGUAUUUAUGCCCAUGCUCGGAAAUGAGAGCCGGCAGAUUAAGACAACUGAUACCACAGUAAAGGAUAUUUCAAUUCGUGUUCAGAGAACGAUCGGAUAAUUUGAAAAUAAAUAUGUCCGUUAAUGAUAUACCAAAUAAUGCAGUUCUUGCAGUUAAUAAAAGCGAACCAGCUGUUGGUCAUCUAAUUAAAAGUGAUGGGCCUCGUGAACAGUACAUCAAUAAAGGAUACGACGAUUCGGAAGAUAAGGAUGAACGGAAUGGCGAUUCAAAGGCAGCUAAAGUGGAGGAUGAAGCUGAAUCAGAAAUUCCACCAAUCGGAUUCUUCAGCUUGUUCCGUUACUCGAGUGCCUGUGAUAAAAUGCUAUUAAUCUUUGCUACUAUAAUUGCAACGGUUUCUGGAGCAUCUAUGCCAGCAAUCAUGAUUAUUUUUGGAAAAAUAAUCGAUAAACUGAUCGACUUUGAUGCAUCUAAUAGAAACUAUACAAAUGUCACUAUGACAAAAGAAGAAUUUUUGCAUGAAACAGCAGUUCUUUGCUACUGGAAUGCAGGUUUUGGUUUUGCAUUUCUGGUUUGUAACUAUAUAAUGGUAAGUUUCUUCAGUAUUGCUGCUGCUAACCAAGCAUACAAAAUACGAUGCAUGUUCAUGGCAUCCGUACUGAAGCAGGAAAUAGGAUGGUUUGAUACCAACCAAACUGGUGAUUUUGCAAGUCGCAUUUCGGGAGAUCUGACAAAAAUUCAAGAUGGCAUGGGUGAGAAAGUAGGCAUUUGUAUCGGAUUCCUUUCUUCAACUUUCCUUUGUGUAGGUUGUGGGAUAUAUUAUGGCUGGAAAUUAGCACUUGUCAUCCUGUGUGUUACUCCUAUCCUCACUAUUGCUAUGGCAAUUAUGUCAAAAAUUCAGGCUACAGUAUCGAGAGAAGAACUGCAAGCUUAUGGCACUGCUGGGGCUGUGGCAGAAGAAGUGUUAUCUGCCAUUCGCACUGUAGUGGCUUUUGGAGGAGAGCGAAAAGAAAUUCAGAGGUAUGAAAAAUGCCUUGCACCAGCCAGACAAAAAGGCAUUAAGAGGGGCCUCAUGACAAGUAUCGGUGCAUCUCUUACCUGGUUCUGUAUCUUUGCUGGCUAUGCUCUUGCCUUUUGGUACGGUGUAAAACUCAUUAUGGAAGGAAUGGGAAAACCGAAUCCUGAAUACACUGGAGGAACACUCAUUAUCGUAUUCUUUAACGUUAUGUCCGCAUCUAUGUUCAUUGGGCAAACAGCUCCAUAUUUCGAAGCUUUCGCUGUCGCCAGAGGAGCAGCAGCAAAGGUCUUCAACAUCAUCGAUAGGGAACCACUUAUAGAUAGCAGUUCAGAGGAUGGAUUGAAACCGCAGUCGGUAUCUGGAAAUAUAAAACUCAAAGAGGUACAUUUUAACUAUCCAGCAAGAUCCUCUGUACAGGUGUUGAAAGGAUUAUCCCUUGAUGUAGCACCAGGAGAAACAGUUGCUUUGGUUGGUCCCAGCGGUUGCGGUAAAAGCACAGUCAUUCAACUGGUACUUCGGUUUUAUGACACACAUACUGGAUCUGUUGAACUGGAUGGAUGCAAUGUGAAAGAUUUGAACGUCGGUUGGUUGAGGGAUCAUAUAGGCUUGGUUGGUCAAGAACCUGUUUUGUUUUCUACUACUAUAGCAGAGAAUAUUAGAUAUGGAAACUUCGAUGCUACAGACGAAGAAAUCAUUCAGGCGGCUAAAAUAGCAAAUGCACACAAUUUUAUUGAAGCUCUUCCUUUAAAGUAUAAUACAUUGGUCGGUGAAAGAGGAACACAACUGAGCGGAGGUCAAAAGCAAAGAAUAGCUAUUGCACGAGCUCUCAUAAAAAAUCCCAAAAUAUUAUUACUAGAUGAAGCUACUUCUGCGUUGGACACAGAGAGUGAAUCCGUUGUGCAGGCAGCUCUUGACGAGGCUAGAUUGGGACGCACAACAAUAAUAGUAGCUCAUCGUCUUUCUACCAUCAGAACUGCUGAUAAGAUAGUUGUGAUAGCAGAAGGAGUUGUUAAGGAACUAGGAACUCAUGAUGAGUUAAUGAUGAUGAAAGGAAUUUAUUAUGAGCUUGUUCAAACGCAGACAAAUGAAGCUGAAGAAGAAGAGGAUGAAGAAAUAGAUGAAAUAGAAGACCUGCCCGAGCUUGAAAGAAGAAUAAGUGUUCUCAGUGGAGGUUCAAACGCUUCAGAUGAAGCACUCCCUGCGUAUGAACGCCAAGUAUCGCGUCAAAGCAGUCGUCUUGAUCGGCAAACAUCAGCUACCAGUGGUUACGAUAGACAAAUAUCAGCUGGAAGUGGAAGUGAUCGCCGAAAGUUUUCAGUUGAAGUUAAGAAAGAUAUCGCGUUACUGGGAGAAGACGAAGAAAAUGAAAAGGCUUCUCCAUCUCAAAUGCGUCUUCUGAAAGUGUCAGCGCCAGAAUGGCCCUAUGCUGUAGUUGGAGGUAUAUCUGCUAUACUCAUGGGACUACACUUCCCUCUGUUUGGCGUGAUCUUUGGCAAUAUACUUGGAGUACUAGCGUUACCUAUUGACGAAAUUCCUGAGCAAAGAGAUUUCUUUUGUCUUCUAUUUUUACUAAUGGCUAUAACAUCUGGUGUAUUCUCUUUCCUUCAGAUAUUCAUGUUUUCUAUUGCUGGAGAAAAAUUGACUUGCAGAUUGAGACAAAUGGUGUUUGCCAAUAUAAUCACUCAAGAUAUAGCUUUCUUUGAUCAUCCAAAAAACAGUGUUGGCUCUUUAUGCGUCAGGUUAACUUCUGAUGCUUCGAGUGUUCAAGGGGCAACAGGUUCGAGGAUUUCCACUCUUCUUCAAGCCAUAUCAACUCUCAUCGUAGCUAUAACACUGGGAAUGUGGUACAACUACAAAAUUGGUUUAGUGGUUUUAUCUUUCAUCCCCUUUGUACUAUUAGCUACAUAUUUUGAAAGCCGUAUUGUAAGUGGUCACAUGGCCAGCGAGAAAACAGGAUUCGAAGAUGCUUCAAAGGUUGCAAUAGAAGCACUUGAAAGCAUUAGAACAGUUGCAUCACUGCACCAAGAGAAAAGAUUUUAUGCCAAAUUUAGAGAUGCACUUCUCGCUCCUCACAAAAAAUCUAAACUGAAAUCACACAUUAGAGGAAUAACUUACGGUUUUGCACAGGCUAUCCAGUCUUUCGCUUAUGCAGCUGCUAUGUAUUAUGGAAGUAUUUUAGUCGCCAACAAUGAACUUAGUUAUGGAAAUCUCUUAAAAGUUGUGGAAGGAAUUCUUGUAGGUAUCAUGGUGGUUGGUCAGACUAUUGCUUUUGCUCCAGAUUUCCAAAAAGCCAAGAUUGCUGCUGUCAGAAUUUUUAAACUCUUGGAUAUCAAACCACAGAUCGAUGCCUUUUCAGAGGAAGGAAAGAAAUUAGCCAAUGUGAAUGGUGACAUUCGAUUCAGCAGAGUUCGCUUCAACUACCCUAGCCGGCCGGACGUGAAAAUCUUGCGAGGUCUCAGUUUAGAGAUCGAACCCGGGAAGACAGUGGCUCUGGUUGGAAGCAGUGGUUGCGGAAAGAGCACUUGUGUCCAACUCAUCGAGAGAUUUUACGACGCGCAGCAAGGAAAAGUACUACUCGAUGAAGAGAAUGUCAGAGACAUGAAUGUUGCCAAUCUACGAACUCACAUAGGACUCGUAUCCCAAGAGCCGAUACUCUUCAGUUAUAGCAUUGCAGAAAACAUUGCCUAUGGGGAUAAUACUCAAGAGAUUGACAUGAACAAAGUCAUUGCUGCUGCACGACAAGCUAAUAUCCAUCAGUUCAUUACUACGUUGCCUCAAGGUUAUGAUACUCCUGUCGGAGACAAGGGCACUCAACUGAGUGGAGGCCAGAAACAAAGAGUAGCUAUUGCUCGAGCAUUAUUGAGGAAUCCAAAAAUACUACUGCUGGACGAAGCUACGUCAGCUUUGGAUGCGGAAAGCGAAAAAGUUGUUCAAGAAGCUUUGGACAAAGCCAGGAGUGGAAGAACUUGUUUAAUUAUUGCACAUAGAUUAACAACUAUUCAAAAUGCAGAUACCAUUAUGGUUAUUCAUAAAGGACGAAUAGUAGAAAAAGGUACCCAUCAGGAACUUCUAAAUAAACGUGGACACUAUUAUAAUCUACAUAAUACCUCAAACGGGAGUUAAACAUGUUGUACAUUAUGGCACAAUGUAUAAAAGUUUCCAUUGUCAUCAACAUUUAAAAUAAGCCAUUUAUAAUUUAUUGGUAGCAUUUAAUGCUGUACUUGAAAUGCAAUAUUUUCUGAAGAAAGCUAAUUAUAAAGGUUUCUAUGCAAAAAAUAGUAAAUAUUUCUGGAAUAGACCUUUUUGAAAACUGAAAUAAGUCUGUUUUUAACAAAAUGUAAGCGACCGGUAUAAACAUUUGUAAAAAUACUGAUUUUAUCGUUUUAAUCAUUAUUUGGACCAGGCUUGCUAAGAAAUCAAAAAUCGCCGAUAAAUUCAUUCAGGAGAAUGAAUCAGAAGUACAAAACAGUGCGAAAAUUUCUUGAUGAGAUGCUUUUUAAUAAGAAGUUUCUUGAAUCUAUAGUUGAUCAAAAAUAUUAAUGUAUAACAAAUACUGCAAGUACAAAUGUUCUGAAUAAUGUACAAAUUUACAUACUUCCAAUAUUCGAAUAAAUAAGCUGUAUUUCAGAAUUCAGAUAUUUCAUAGGUAUCAACUUCUACGAAUAUACAGCAGGUUUGUGAAACACACGAUUCAUGAUCCACACUUUGGUCUUCUGUUUCAAUCCAACUUAUCUAGUAUUAACAAAAUAUAUUUGAAAUUAAAAUUUCUGAAAUUUAAAAACAAAGAUAAAAAUUUUUUUAAAAAUUGAUUUUCAGAUAUAAAGAAAUGCCUCGGGAGCAAUUUAUUCAGAUUUUGACGGCAAACAAUUCCUUGAAAGUUGAGAUAGGAAAAUGGCUGACUAUUUUCCCAAUGCAAAAGAACUGCCAAAAAAAAUAUAUUUACACUUCCCCAAAACAGCCAUAUAAUUUCACAUCGUUUUGAUUUUUCAAAAUAAAUAAACAAACAUAAAUGUAGAAAUAUGUACUUUUAUCUCCCAUUAGUCACUUAAGUUUGAAUAAUUUAAUUAAGUAAUGAAAGUUUUGGCAGUACAUACUGUAGCUGGCAAUAGUUUUCUGGAGUGAAAGCUUUUGAAAAAAAUAAUUCUUUUUGGUUGAAGGAAAAUUUUAACAGAAUCCAGCGCUUCAUUUUAUUGAGGGUUCAAGCAAGCAUUGAUUACUUACAUAGGCAAAUGUAAUCUUAGAUGUUUCAUUAACUCUGUUGAGCUUAAAGAUAAGAAACAAAUUACCAUAGAAAAUAAUUUUAUUAAUAGUAGUAACAAACAAUAAAUAUUCCUAUCUAUUCUUAUUGCUUUAAUUUUGCAUUUGCUGUGGAAAAUAAGAUAAUGAACUAAUAUGUAAGUUUGGUAUAUAUAGUUUCAAUUUCAUUUCUAAUGUUUCAGGUUCUGUUAUAUUUUUUUACAAACCCCACAGCGGUACACCCCUUUGAGUUGCAAGUAAAAUUUAUGCUUCGUUCAUAAUGAUUGGACAAUCCUGCUACAUAUGUCAUAGCUUGAAAUUAUCAGAAAUAGUUUCCUUAUUACUAUUGUCACUUUAUGUUAUACAAUUCUAGGGUUUUACUUAAAUGUAUAAAAUAAAUAAAAGACUAUUAAUUUGAUCACAUAAAUAAAAAUCAAAUUUUACUUAAAUACUCUUUUAAAAGCCUUAAAAUUUUUAAAUAAAGUUUUAAAUAACAUUUUAAAAUUUCUUAACUAAGACUGAACAAAUUAAUUACGUUUGGACAUUGGUCAGUUUUUUAAUAACUCUGGAAAAAGAAAUGAAAUAAAGUAAUUACUUUCUGUUGGACAUUGGAAGUAAUUUUGGUUUACCGCAUUUUAUAAAUAUAUUUUAUUUUUAUAAGAGUCUCACCAUUCGACUGUGCCAUCCGCGCUGUGGCCAGCCCUGCUACAUAGUGUAUUAUACUUAUGCUGAUAAACUUUGCCAUGAGUAGUGUUUUAUAUGACACAUUUUAAUUAUUUCGUUGUCGAGAGAAUGUUCAUUAUUCUACUUAAAUUUGUAUUAUUCACAAAAGCAUUAAAAAAAUUCAUAAAUGAUUAUUUUUUUCUGUAAACACUACAUAUCUUUAUCAGUUCUCUGUAUUCUGAUAUUUAUGAAAAAAAUAAAUUAUUUUAAAUUA